GCAGGAACAAUGAAACGGAAAAUGUCGAUUACUGUCGAUCGUUUUGUUCUCCAAACCGAAAUUAGAAACGUUUUGCUCCACCCACGUGUUGAGGCGGUACACUUCUUUCAACGGAGCUUUUCAAUGGAACCGAAUACCGAUUUUCAGGAGACCCAAAGCAGCUGCACGACGGGAGAGCAAACAAAUCUAGCAGCACCUGAAGAGUGGAAAUCCGUUGGCGAAGCACUUUGGAAGGGAAGAUGGAAGACCACCUCGAAUUGGCUGACGUCAAUUGAGAUGCAGGGGAUCGGGUCAAUUGUGGUCACAUGGCAGUCCCAGUCUUCUUAGACGCCAAGUUGAAUCCCUCGCAUCUCCAUCUCCCUUGCCGGGCGGUUCGUCGUUGUCAACAAUGACGAACCAACAGUCAUGACCGGAAAUGAGAUGGCCGGGUAAAGGGCCCAGGCGCAUGUCUGACAACAAGAAUAAUUGAAGCUAUGCUUUCAAAUGACUUUGUCUAGCUGACAGACUAAGGGCAGAUAGCAGGAGGAUUGUACUUCCAACACACUUCCAAGGACGCCAAUGCUGAAUGGGAU